AUGGCAAAGCGCUCUUUUCUGUCUCUUUCCCUUUGCCUGCUCGUUCUCUUCCAAGGCAGCCUUGCCAUCUCUCGCUCUCGGUCAGAGGAGUACUCUCGCCGGCAGAAUGAGUGCCAGUUCGAUCGCCUCCAAGCCCUCGAACCCGACAGCCGCAUUCAGGCUGAAGCCGGAGUCAUCGAGUCGUGGAACCCCAAUCACGACCAGUUCCAAUGCGCUUGUGUCGCCGUCGUUCGCCGCACCGUCGAACCCAACGGCCUUCACUUGCCUUCUUACACUAACACUCCUCAACUCAUGUACAUUGUGAGAGGAAGGGGUAUCAUAGGAACUGUAUUCCCUGGUUGCGCCGAGACUUUCGAAGAGUCCCAGAAAGGACAGGGCCGUAGCUCACAACCGGAAGACCGUCACCAGAAACUCCGACACGUAAGGGAAGGCGACAUCGUCGCAAUCCCAGUCGGAGUUGCCUACUGGAGCUACAACAACGGCGAUCAACAACUCGUCUCCGUUACUCUUCUCGACACCAGCAACGUCGAGAACCAGCUUGAUCAAAACCCUAGAAGAUUCUAUCUUGCUGGCAACCCUGAAGACGAAUUCGAGCAACAACAACAACAAUAUCAAGAACAGCAAGGACGUGAACCAAGCCGCCGCCGACGUGGCUCAGAGGACAAGCACAACAUCUUCAGAGGUUUGAACACUAGAUUCAUCGAGGAAGCAUUCAACGUGGACUCUGAGACCGCAAGGAGAAUUCAGGGCCAAAACGACAACAGGAACAACAUCAUCAAGGUAAAGGGAGGUCUUGACUUGGUGAGCCCGUUGAGAUCAAGUCAA